AAACAAGCAGGAUUAAUUCACGGUUUAUCAACUGAAAUCUGCGAACACAUUAUCGUUAAGAUGGAGUUUAUUAAACAGGAGAGUGAAGACAAGAGUGAUUCAGAACCAUGUAGAGUAAAAAAUGAAGAUACCGAGGAACAAAUAGACUUGAAAAGGAACGGGCGUUACUUGUCUUUCUGAACAAGAACAAUUGAGGAGCUGCAGCAGGUCGUUUCACUGUGAAAACAUUGUCCUUUUAACAUUAUUUGCAGUAGUUUUACUCUGCCUCAAAAGCACAAACACAUCUGCAGGACCUUUCCUCGAAUGGGAUUGAGGCACUGAGUGCGCACCGUGCGAAAAAAAUAAAUAAAAAAUUGCCAUGUCACCGUGCGAAACAGAGCUUUGCAGAGACCUGAUGGAAGUGAAAGAGGAAAGUCAAGAACUGACAUUGGAGGAGAAACAUCAGUAUGAAGAACCUCAAUUCAAAACUGAAGAAAAACCUUUUAGUUGCUCAGAGACUGAAAAUUUCUCACAAAAAAGACGUCGAAGAACUGGAGCCCAAAUUUUUUUCACAUGCCUUCAAUGUAAAGAGAGUUUCACAUCUAAAGAACAACUUAUGUGUCACUUUAGAGUUCACUCUGGAGAGAAGCCUUUCCCGUGCGAUCAGUGUGGAAAGAGUUUCAUUCAUAAAGCAAGCCUUAAGAAUCACAUGAGAAUUCACUCUGGAAAGAGGCCCUACAAAUGUGAUCAGUGUGGAAAGAGUUAUAUACAUAGAGAUAACCUUAAUGAUCACAUGAGAAUUCACACUGGAGAGAAGCCUUUCUCAUGCCAUCAGUGUGGAAAGAGUUUCACAAUGAGAGGAAGUCUUCAGAAGCACAUGAGGAUUCACACUGGAGAGAAGCCUUUCACAUGCCUUCAAUGUGGAAAGAAUUUUACGCAUAAAGGAAACCUUGAGGUUCACAAAAGAAUUCACACUGGAGAGAAGCCUUUCACAUGCCCUCAGUGUGGGAAGUAUUUUACACACAAAGGAAACCUUGCUGUUCACACACGAAUUCACACUGGAGCGAAGCCUUACACAUGCCCUCAGUGUGGGAAGAGUUUUACAUAUCAAGCACACCUAGUAGGUCAUAUGGAGAUGCAUUCAGGAGAGAAAUUACACCACUGUUCUCAGUGUGGCAAGAGUUUCACUGAGGCAAGUCAUCUCCAAAAACACCUCAAAACUCAUGCAACUGAGAGGCCCCACAUGUGUUCUUAUUGCGGCAAAAGUUUUUUAUGGGUCCGCAAUUUAAAAGAGCACCAGAAAAUACAUACCAAUAAGAAACUUCAUGUGUGCUUUGAGUGUGGGAAAGCCUUUACUAGAGUUGCAUGCUUGAAAAAGCAUGAAAGAAUUCAUACAGGAAAAAACAUUAUAAGUGCUCAACUCAUGGAAUGAGUUUUACAGUUUAACAAUUCCUCAAAGCACAUGAGAGCAUGCAUAAUGGAGAGAUGCCACACCUCUGCCCUUCAUGUGGAAAGAGUUUCAGCCAAUUAACUCCUGUUUCAAAAAAGUAUUGUACACAUUUUCACAGUGAGCAAAGUUGCUAUGAAAUACCACAAUUUGUGCAGGGAUGUUUUCAAUGUUUAGGAUUGACCACCAGGGGUGAUGGUCAGACUCAUGUUUAUCAUCGAAGGAAUGAGCGUUACACCAAGGCCUGUACUCUGAAGCGGGAUCGAUUGGGAGGUGGAGGGUCUGUCAGGGUCUGGGGCGGUGUGUCACAGCAUCAUCGGACUGAGCUUGUUGUCAUUGCAGGCAAUCUCAACGCUGUGCGUUACAUGGAAGACAUCCUCCUCCCUCGUGGUACCCUUCCUGCAGGCUCAUUCUGACAUGACCCUCCAGCAUGACAAUGCCACCAGCAAUACUGCUCGUUCUGUGCGUGAUUUCCUGCAAGACAGGAAAGUCAAUGUUCUGCCAUUGCCAGCAAAGAGCCCCAAUCCCAUUGAGCACGUCUGGGACCUGUUGGAUCGAAGGGUGAGGGCUAGGGCCAUUCCCCCCAGAAAUGUCUGGAAUCUUGCAAGUGGAAGAGUGGGGUAACAUCUCGCAGCAAGAACUGGCAAAUCUGGUGUAGACCAUGAGGAGGAGAUGCACUGCAGUACUUAAUGCAGCUGGUGGCCACACCAGAUACUGACUGUUACUUUUGACCCCUCCUUUGUUCAGGGACACAUUAUUCCAUUUCUGUUAGUCACACGUCUGUGAAGCUUGUUCAGUUUAUGUCUUAGUUGUUGAAUCUUUUUAUGUUCAUACAAAUAUUUACACAUGUUAAGUUUGCUGAAAAUAAAAGCAGAUGAAAGUGAGAGGAUGUUUCUUUUUUUUUUUUUUUGCUGAGUUACCAUCAAAUAAAGAAAACAUAAACAUAGUGGACAAGGAUAAAAAUUACAAAACAAAGUAUCCAUCAAGUGUUGAAAGCUGGAGAAAACAAAUAAGAUAGUAGAGGAGGAUCUAAUAUCCAAUGUUAGACCAUUCCACAAUCUCGGACCAGCAACAGAAAAGGCACGAUCGGGAAGUAACCUGUAAGCUGAUUUUAGUGACCUGCAUGAAGACUAGUGACAUAACCAGGAGCCUUACCAUGGACUGCAUUAAAAACAUAGAACAGGACCUUGUAUUCCUGACACAUUUAGCUAGGGGUGUCACUCCACAAACAUCUGGCCGCCCAUAGGCCAGUCGUAAAUCCUCCGAGUAGGCAAGGAAGGCAGUGUCUCCUCAAAUUCACUGGGAGGGGGGAGGGAUUCACGUGAGGUGAGACACUGGCUGCGAUUAGUGCUGAUUCGUUCAAUACGCUGUCAAAUAAUUGAUGUGAUAGUGCCUGCCUUUCAUGCCACAGCAUGUCUCUGCAGAUCGCCAUGAAUGGGACGAACUGAUGGAAGUGCAGAAACUAUUUCCACAGAAAACAACUAACUGACACAGACAACCGCACUUUUGGUAACGUCCAAAUCAAAAUUAACUUCAAAUUACUUGAAAUCUGAAAUGGAAUGUGAGUGACAUGCUUUUUAGUGAGCACUCGCUCUUAAAGGUACAGAUCCGUUCCAUCACGAACCCUGUGUUUAGCAGGAGUAGAUGACGGAAAAAUAAUAGGCAAACGGAUUGAAAUAUGCAAAAUCUAAAGUAACAGUCAAGUCAUUUUUAUUUGUAUAGCGUCUUUCACAACACACAUCGUUUCAAAGCAGCUUUACAGAAGAUCAGGCAUCAACAGAAGAUAAAACUGUAAUAUCUAUAAUGUCUUAGAGUCAUCAUUGUGUAGUUUGAUAAAAUACGAUUGUGUAUUUUUAAAAAAUAAGUAAUUAAAUAAUAAUUGUAUUUAUAACCCCAGUGAGCAAGCCGAAGGCGACUGUGGCAAGGAACACAAAACUCCAUCAGAUGUUGGUUAAUGGAGAAAAAUAACUUUGGGAGAAACCAGGCUCACUGUGUGGGCCAGUUCCCCUCUGGCUAACCAGCAUGAAUAUAAUGCCUAUAGUAGUUAUUUGCAGUGCAGGUCAUGUUUUAAAAUGAGUAAACUAAGUGUUAACGGCCAGUGUUUAUACAAAGAUUUAGUAUGAACUGUAAGAUUAAUGACUAAUGUCUUUGAGGUUCAGCCUGGAUUAACUGCAGAAGUUCUCAUUGAUGCAUUGUCCUUUGUUAGUUGGCAGAUGAAGGCUUUUGUUGGCAAAUAAUUGAAAGUCUAUGUAUUCCAUUUUAAGAGUGUAGUCCACCAUUAGACCAAGGUGAUGCAGGAAGAGAUCAGUGAGGUGUAUCGCUGUUCAACCAACAGGUCAUUAAGUCCAAGGUUCAGGCAGUGGCAUAUGAAGCAUCCCAUGUCUUAUGGUUGGUAAGUCCAUCGUAAUAGCCUGAAGUGAUGUCUGGCUUAGUCGUCAUCACUCAGAGACACGUAGCAGUGGAGUCCGACACCAAGCAGGAACAGAGCUGGAUCUGGCCGGCUCUAGUAACCUCAGGAUAUGAAUCCCGAGUUUGAGACAGGGAAACAAAUAGAAUAAUAUUAGCGUAGAUGCCAUUACAUUUUUUGCAGCGUUAUAGAGCAUGAUCACUGUUUCUGGUUCCGGCAGACCUAACUAAAGCAGCCUAAUUGUGAGUUGAUGGAUAAAUUAGGUGUAUGCCUGGCUAAAUAGAUGAAUCUUUAGUCUAGACUUAAACUGAGUGAGUGUGUCUUUGUUAGGGAGACUAUUUCAUAGUUUAGGAGCCAAAUAGUAAAAUGAUCUACCUCUUUUUGUGGAUUUUGAUAUUCUAAGAACAAUUAACAGGCCAGAAUUUUGCGAUCGUAAUGAACGUGAUGGAACAUAGCAUGGUAGAAGGUUACUUAAGUACUGUGGAGCUAGACCAUUCAAAGCUUUGUACGUACUUAACAGAAUUUUAAAAUUAAUACGAAAUUUAACAGGUAGCCAAUGUAACAAUGAUAAAAUAGGGCUAAUAUGAUCAUAUUUCUUGGUUCUAGUCAGCACUCUGGCUGCUGCAUUUUGAACCAAUUGAACUUGCAGGACAUCCUCCCAGUAAUGCAUUACAAUAAUCUAGUCUUGAGGUCAUGAAUGCAUUAAUUCGUUUUUCGGCAUCAGCAACAGAGAGCAUGUGUCGUAGCUUAGCAAUAUUUCUGAGGUGGAAGAAUGCUGUUCUACAAACACUGUAAAUUAGAUUUUCAAAGGACAGAUUGGUAUCAAAUAUAACACCUAUGUUCUUCGCUGUAGAAGACAAUGUAACAGUACAUCCAUCGAGAGUCAAAUUAUAUUUUUGCAGCUUAUUUUUAGAGGUUUUUGGUCCAAUAAUUAGUACCUCUCUUUUGUCAGAAUUGAAUAGAAGGAAAUUUCUGGCCAUCCAAUCAUUGAUUUCAUUGAUACACUCUGCUAAUUUGGAGAAUUGUGAAAUUUCUUGAAGUUUCGAAGAAAUAUAUAGUUGGGUAUCGUCGGCAUAACAGUGGAAACUUAUUCCACGAUUCCUGAUCAUAUCUCCCAGGGGAAGCAUAUAUAAGGAGAAAAGCAGAGGCCCUAAAACUGAUCCCUGUGGCACUCAAUACUUAACUGUUAUUUGAUUUGACAUCCUCGUUUACACAGACAAAUUGGUAGCUGUCUGCUAAAUAGGACCUAAACCAUGCUAAUGCAAGUCCACAUAUACCAACAUAAUUCUCAAUCCUAUUCAAGAGAAUGUCGUAAUCUGUGGUGUCGAAGGCAGCAACAAGAUCUAAAAAAUACUAGUACAUAAGCAAAAUGUCACUUUUCAUAUUGGGGUACAAUGGGGCUAAAGGCACUCCUUAAGGAAAAUUGCCUUUUUUUCUGGUCACAAAAAUGUAUCAAGAUAGACAAAAUGUAUUUCUUUUUAUUGAAUACUGAUGCAACAACAUUUGUGUGAAAAUAAAUAAUAAUGGAAGGGGUAAAAGGCCUGCCAAUUUCCUGGGGCAGAGACCUUGGUGGCUGAAGCGCAAAUUUGUGGCAUGGCGCGCUUAACAAUCACUACAAAGUUGGAAGCACCAGAGACCUAAACUCUCACUGAACAGGGAGAACGUCAAGUCAUAAUAAGCUGCUCAUGCAACUCUGGAAAGAACAGCACCGGCGGCAAAGCUUGGAGGUGAACACAUUAUA